AAGCUGUCUUCUAUAGUGCACUUGCUCUUGAACUUAUGUCAUGGAUACUAUUUGAAAAAGCACUUCUCCACUCAAGAGCAGUGAAAAAUUUGUCACCUUACACUAGAAAUAUGGAGGAACAUAUUAUUCUUCAAAAUGAUAAUAGAUACUUGCAGCUGUCUGAUGUUAGAAUUCCACUAACUUUUAUGGUUUUAUUCAACGUUGCAUUCUUUGGAACGGGUAAUUUCGCAAGUAUUGCAAGUUUUGAGAUAUCGUCAGUCUAUCGGUUCAUCACUGUGUUCAGUCCGUUUCUGAUGGCAGCCCUGCUUAUCUUCAAGUUAUUCAUACCGUUCAUGCUUGUCAUAUGUGCGUUCAGUGCAAUAACCAAACUACUCCAAAUUCCACGGUUGGGAUGCUAUUUUCUUGUUAUAUUACUUUCUGAUGUAAUGACCAUCCACUUCUUCUUCCUGGUUCGAAACAAAGGAAGCUGGAUGGAAAUCGGCAAUAGCAUCAGCCAUUUCGGAAUCAUGAGUGCCCAAGUUGUGUUUGUGCUAUUGCUCUUUGCCCUCACAAAUAUAUACACGAAUGACAUCCACGUUAGAUCGGCUAGCCCUUCUUCUCAGAAAGUAAUGUAAGACAAAAUUAGUAGUUUUUUGCAGUGAAAUCAGCUCUCAGAAUUCUUGCAAGGCUAGCACUUACAAUUAUACACCAAUUUUCAUGGAUCAAUAGCAGCUUGCACUCUGCUGAAUUUGGACCUAACAUAUUCUCUUGUAAUGGGAUUUUCCUGAUGUUCCCAUUGACUGUACAAGUAUAAGCUGAUUCUGGCUUUUCCUUUUGGUGUAAAGCAAAAGAUAACCAUACAAAAUGUUGAUGCAAUGGUGGGCAUGUAGUUCAAAUUUUGAUCCCAUGGACUCACUCUAAUUUCUAAACGACAUUGACUAACCUAUUUUUGUAUUAGCUUUGGAAAUUCCACAUGGGUACUUCUUGGUAGUUUCUUUCAACCUGCUUUUAAAUGACGAUAAUGUUGAAGAAAACAGUCUUGAAAACGAUUGGGCAAGAAUUCCAAACCUAAG